AUGGAGGUGGUGGACCUGCUGUUAUCCUUAUCCACGACUGUCGAAUGGAUGCCUGCAAUCGCUCGAGCUGCAGCGAUGGGACUGCACAGUUUGCUCUCGCUGAAAGCACAUCCCUUAAGCGGGCCCAUGACGACGCACAUCUGUAGAUCGGCAGCCUUGCAACACUACUUGCUAGCUGCAGCGGCUGCAGUGGCGGCGAACAAGGGCAGAGGCGCGCGAUCUUCUGCCUUCGAGGACACGGCAGCGAUGUUGCAGAUCUGUAGGCUCGGAAUUGCGAGCUCGAACUCGAACAUUCAAUACUCCGCCCUGUGCUUACUGUGCUCUCUUCUUGCUCUCGAGGACGCUUCGUCGAGCGCUCUGAGUAGCGCCGUUCGUCUGUCGGGUAUCCUGAUCUCGAUUUCUUGGCUUUUGAACCACUCAGUCUCUCACAUCGCUGCCAUGGCAGCGACAGCUUUAGAGUUGAUCAUCCGACACUCGCCUCCGAGUGAUAUCUUACGAGCUGUGAUCGAACAGGGCUGCAUCAUAAUUUACGGCAUGCUCUUGUCAACGUCCAGUGGGGCUACAAAACCUGCGGUAGCUGCAAGCUGUCGAAGUCUCUUAAAUUGGGUGACGGAGGAAGUGGCAUGGCAAUCUGGUGUCGUUGCCGCGAGCUUGCAGUCGAUCCUGAGCUCAACAAACGUCUUACUACAGAAGAACAUUUUGCUCACAUUGCAGAUAUUAGCCCAACGCAAUGCAGCUAUACGUGAGGCCCUAAAAGACCAAGACGUCGGAACAGAGGCGUUGGUGACCGCAAUUCAGGCGGACGACGAGGCAGGUCUAUCGGUCUCCCUGCUAUCCAUUUGCUUAAACUGCUGCGAUAAAUACUCAACGCUAAAAAUCGAGGGCUACGACGGACGAUCUCCUGAAAAUGGUGAUGAAGGAGAAUAUAUUAUUCAACUCUGUUGUGCAGACGGAGAGCUUGUCAAGGCAGCUGCAGCUUUACUACGUGAGCAUACUAAUGUCCUUCGUGGAACGAAUUCUGAAGGCUCUCAAGACCCAGAGGGGAGUACUGGUAGAUCGGUUGUAAUUGCCAGUCUCAGCAAAUUUCAGUCAUCAAGCGUCCAGCACUUUAUAGAUCUCCUUCCAAUGGCCCAGCUGGAUGCGGUGGAUUUUCUAACGAAGCUCCAGAGCUUUCCAACGUUACAAGAACUGCUUCACCUGGCUAAUACGGUUGGAUCUGCCAAGUGUUGGCACACUACGACGUCUGCACUCUGCAGGGUGAUGACAGCCUCCAACUGGCUCGACAUUUUCCACUUUGCGUCGACCGAUAUUCGUCACCCCACACUUGUUCUGCGAUGCAUUCGAUUUGGUCUACAGCUCCACCGGUCAUUAGGCCCGUGCAAUACUGUACCACACCUGAAUACCGGUAAACAGUCGGAGGCCGAUCCAGUUGAGAAGGAACGCGCAAACUUGGCCACAGCGCUCAAAAUGGCAGCUAUUCAAAUGAGUGAAGAGCUUUUCGUAGGCUGA